AACACACCCUUCAGCAACGCGCAUUGGAGAGAGGAGAGGAGAAAAAAAAACGCAUCACGGACAAAGGAAAAAUAUGGGUGCACCGUGGAGCAUUGAUUUCAGCUGGACAACGCGAUGGAUGAGCCGCUUCUUUUUCAUUCACCGGGAGACCAAUUAGCCCACCUUCAUGAGGUGCUGGGAUGCGAGAUACUCCAAGCAAAAAAGGCGGAAGGGUGCGUUUAAUCCGUCUGCGGAUCCUGUGAGCUUGCCAUGGCUGUGACUGGGACAUGCAACUGGACAGGGAGGAAUGUGCCUUUUUAUUAUUUUGUGCUGUUUUCCUUAUUUUGUGGCCUUGCAUUUGGACAGCUGCGGUAUUCGAUCACAGAAGAACUGGAAAACGGAGCUCUGGUAGGUGAUCUGGCGAGCGAUUUAGGCCUGGAUAUUCGAAGGCUCUCCACUCGUAAAAUCAAGUUAACCUCCAACAGCGGGAAGCGCUACGUGAUUGUCAAUCCCAAAAAUGGGAAACUGCUCGUUAAUGACAGGAUCGACAGAGAGGCGCAGUGUGAUUUGCCCAGCACCUGCCUCAUUAAUCUGGAGGUGAUGUUAGAAAACCCCACAGAAGUGCAUCACGUCGAGGUGGAGAUUGUGGAUGCAAAUGACAAUGCGCCGCAGUUCCCCAGAGAUGAGUAUCAACUGGAAAUAACAGAAUCUGCUAUGCCGGGGUCUCGUUACCCGAUUGAAAAUGCUCAAGAUCCAGACGUUGGGUCCAAUUCUGUCCGCAUGUAUCAGCUCAGCACAAAUGAGAAUUUCGCGCUGGUAUCAAACAAACCCUCCCUCAACACAAAGCACAUAGAAAUAGUCCUCAAAAAGCCCCUCGAUCGAGAGCAAACGCCUUACCACCAGUUGAUUUUGAGUGCUGUGGAUGGUGGAAUACCUGAAAAAACAGGGACUGCCAAAAUCAACAUCCGGGUCCUGGACUCAAAUGACAACGUCCCGGUGUUUGACAACUCGGUGUACAAAGUGAAACUGUUAGAAAACUCCCCCAAAAAUACCCUGGUGAUCAAACUGAAUGCGACGGACUUGGAUGAAGGCACAAAUGGAGAGGUUUAUUACUCUUUCAGCAGCUACACUUCAGAGAGAGUCAGGCAGAUGUUCAGCAUGGACACUAAUACAGGUGAUAUCAGAGUUAGGAGCAAUGUGGACUAUGAGGAGACCAACUCCUAUGAGAUGUACAUCCAAGCAAUGGAUAAGGGCCCGGGUGCAGUUGCAGCUCAUUGUAAGGUGGUUGUAGAAGUUGUGGAUGUGAAUGAUAACAUCCCUCAGAUAGUGCUGUCAUCUCUCUCGAGCCCCGUGAGGGAGGACGCCCGUGCGGACACGGUGGUCGCCCUCAUUAGUGUCACUGAUCGAGACUCUGGCACUAACAAGCAGGUGACCUUAGAGAUCCCAGCAGGCCUUCCUUUCAAGAUCAAGUCCUUCAGAAACUACUACACCCUGGUUACCUCAGCCUUCCUGGACCGUGAGACCACUGAUGCCUAUAAUGUCACUCUGAGUGCCACAGAUGGAGGAAACCCUCCCUUAUCUUCUCAAAAGACCAUACAGGUGGAUGUGGCAGACGUUAAUGACAACCCACCACGCUUUGAGCAGACUUCAUACACAGUAUAUGUGACUGAAAACAAUGCCCCUGGGGCCUCUUUGUGUACUGUAAAAGCUCAAGAUGCAGACAUUAAAGAGAAUGCACGGAUCACCUACACAGUGCUCAAUGAUAACAACCAUGGCAUUCCUGUCACCUCAUAUGUGUCUGUAAAGGCCGAUACAGGGGAGGCUUAUGCCCUCCGGGCCUUUGACUAUGAGUCACUGAGAGAGUUUCAUUUCCAGGUCAAAGCUCAGGAUGGGGGCAUCCCCCCUCUCAGCAGAGUUGCUACCGUCUACAUUUAUAUAAUGGAUCAGAAUGACCAUGCUCCACUGAUAGUCAGUCCUGCUGGCAAUGGGACACGCUCCUUGGAGACGGUACAAAAGAAUGCAGAGCUUGGUGCCUUGGUGACCAAAGUGGUGGCAUACGAUGCAGAUGCUGGUCCAAACGCUUGGCUGGUCUAUGUGCUGGAGACAGCCACUGACUUGGACCUAUUCAAAGUGCAUGAGCACACCGGAGAGAUCCGCACCACUCGGAGGAUCCUGGAGGACAACUCCACUUCUUUUGCUCUAACAGUUGUAGUGAAAGACCAUGGUGAGCCAAUUCUCUCCUCUACCGCCACCAUCAAUGUGGCGGUCAUGGAGGUGGCACCAAAAGUGGCCCCCGAUACCAAGAAAGUAAUGCGACCUCAUGCCACUUUGUUUUUCUCGAACGUGACUCUUUAUCUUAUUGUAGCAUUGAGUGCCACAACAUUUGUAUUCCUGGUCACCGUGGUGGUGCUCGCCAUUGUCCGCUGCCAUGCCUACUGCACACAGCCCGGUUCCUGCUCCCCUUGCUGUGGGUCACAGAAGCCUCCUCCAGAUGGUGGAAGCAGCAGUGUCAGUGCAGGCGGAGGAGGUGGCGGAGGGGCCGCAGGACAGCCUAAUAACAACGUGGUGCUUCGAAGAGAUCUCAAAGUGGAGCCUCAUUACAUUGAGGUGCGUGGGAAUGGCUCCCUGACAAAGACGUACUGCUACAAGACCUGCUUGACUGCCACCUCUGGCAGCGACACCUUCAUGUUCUACAACACGGGUCGGCCCAUCAGUGGCACCUGGGGUAGCGGUGCUGACCGUUUCUUUACUAGUGGAAGUGGAUUUGUACGGAGACUGAGUAUGCCUGAUGCCUCUCUUCAGAUCUGCCCAGAGCCAAAAGCCCCCAAUGCUGACUGGCGAUAUUCUGCAUCUUUGAGGGCAGGGGUGCACAGUUCUGUCCACAUGGAGGAGUCCUCCGUGAUGCAAGGUGCCCAGGGGAUGCUGGUCCAGAACUGGCCUACUGUAUCCAGUGCUGCAGAUGGAGAGGGUGGCGGAGAACUCUCUCCCCCAGUGGGUGCUGGAGUCAACAGCAAUAGCUGGCACUUCCGAUAUGGCGCUGGACAAGGCUACAUACCUCCUCAACCCCUGAAACCUGGAGAGAUUCCACCCGAAGCCUUCAUCAUUCCCGGAUCUCCGGCCAUCAUUUCCAUCCGCCACGACGCCGGCCCCGUGGAUGACAAAGGUGACUUCAUAAGCUUCGGCAAGAAGGACGAGGCCAAAAAAAAGAAAAAGAAGAAGAAAGACAAGAAGGACAAAAAAGAUAAGGGAAAGGAUGACAGCGGGGAUGAUUAGAGGAAAAUGAGGUGACCAAAAAGCAGAGCUACUACUUAAUUCACCGUCUCGGUUUCAGAGCCAGAAAAAUAAACCAAAUGCACAAUAUAACCAAGGGAUCCUGCUUGUACCAUGUUUGCAUAGACCUUGUACAGCGGCCAACGGCUCAUUUGAUCAGCCUUGGCUCUUAUAAAAUACAAAUAUUCUUAAUCCAUAGGCUGGACCAAAUUAAAACGCAAACCAAUUAUUUCAUUAGAUUAGCCUUCCUGUGAUUUACCAUCCAGUCCCCCAAACCACUUUGUUCAAUCUAUUGAACGAUCUGCUUUGUUUAAUGACAACAGAAAUAUACCAUAGAUGGUGCUCUAUUUGUAUCUGACCACUGUCAGCUGAAGCUGCUGUUUUCAAUGUCUCUGGCACCCUUUUAUUUCUUGCCAAGCCAAUGUGAAGUGAAAGCCAAAAUGAAACGAACAAAACAAAUGAAGUACAAGCUUUCAUCUUCAGUAUUACAGAAGUCUUUUGUAAAAAAGUGAAAAAGAAAAAAGUUCUAACCUUUCCUGUAUGCCUACCAUGAGAUAAGCACCUUUAAGACAAUGAGGUGGCUGAGAGAAGGUGGAGCAUGCUCGGACAGAGCUGUGUUUUAAUGGAAAAACAUAUUGGAUGGGCUAAAGACCUGCACUGGGGUGCACUAACUAUCCCGCAAGUUUGUCCCCAAGUUAGUUUAUAAGCAAGUGGCUUCAUAACUGCUAGUUCAUUUGGAACUAGUAAGUCACUGAAAUUGAUUGUACAGAGUUAGUUUUAUGAACUAGACAGAUGGGAAAAUAGUAUAAUGGUUAGAAGUUAAUAGAACCGGUUGACAUGUUUUUGUCCAUUAUCUGCCAAUUAUUUUUUGCCAACAAUUUUUGAAAGCUGCUGUGAUAUUAGAUUUUUUUGUGUUACAAUUAAUUAAUUUAUUUCCUUUUUUGGACUGUUCCAUAACAUAAAGUUGCUGCAUCUCAACAGAAAGAACCGCUUACUGCUUUACUCUAUACUGCCUUAAAUUUGUUUAUACAAAAAAAAAAAAUGAAUAAUUUUUUUUUUUCUAUCAAGCAUAUUCUAAAUUAAGUAGAAAGUGUUCAUUUGAAUAGGGGACAUACAAUAGAUAUUUCAGAUAUUUAAUUUGCAAAUGAAUGAAAUCAGGAAUAAAUGGGCAUAACUUUGGCCACUACGUGGCUGAGUUAAGACUGGAAUUGGUUUGAGGGGAAUUUUUCGCAAUUUCAUAAUUUAGCCAUAUUUAUGUCAUAUAUUUAAAAAAUCUAAACAUGGACAUGAUAAUUUAGCAUCUCAACCUAAUCUAAACCCCCAAAUAUGAUGGUUUAAACACAGCAUCUCAAGUCAAUUUUUAAACAAGAAGAAUAUUCUGCCUGAUGAAAAAGAAAAAACUAAAAAGGUUUGUCAUUUAACUGGUUGGCAGUGUAAUAUAAUGUGUAGAAAAUGGAUAGAAACAUUCAAACUUACAGCUUAGGGUCUUUGCUAAAUCGCUAAUGCAAAAAUGUGCUGUUUGCAAACAAAAAAGGGAAAAAUGCUACUUUACUGUUAGUAAGUGCAGUUGUGUGAUUAUGUAUAAUUUGCACUUGCUUUAUUGCUUGCUUAAUUAUAUAGCUGUUCCAUAGGGUUACUUGAAACAGAUUUUUGUGGUGUAGUUUGUCAAGCAGGAAUUGGAAUUAACUAGGGAACCUACAUGCAGCUGAUGUGGGUGGCCCCUAAACUUUCCUCUCAAAACAUGGCACAGGUCAAUGUGGUCUUAAUAAUACACCCAGGCAGGCAGACACAAACACAAACUCUUCUUGCCUCACACUCACACAUAAAAACAAAAACACAGAGAUUGUCUUCAAACAGGAGAAAUGAAAAAUCAAAUUGAAAUCAAAACCCCAAACUCCUUUCUGCAAACUGAAGAACUGAAAGCAAGUGCUUAAUACGAGAGUGUAUUAUAUGGCUCAGAAGCAGGAACGUUGCUUGUCGCUUCAUUUUUGCUCAAGCCCCGAUCCCUCCGCUUCUGUCUUUGAAUGUUAAGUAGUUGUUCUUCAAGCUCUGCAUCACUGCCUCGAUUGCUUCAGUGCUUUUAGGAUUUGCUUGCCCCUGCUGCCUGUUUCCUCCCUCGACUCCUCAGAUCUACAUGGUUCAACGGCAUCUUUCAAGUUGCUCUCCUUCGGUGAACUGUGCAAUUGUAACAGAGUAUAACAUUUGUGUAUAUUCAUAGCGGCGCAUAUUCGCAUAGCGGCGCAAUAAUUCAAUCCACCACACUCACAUUUACUACCCCUUUCCUUGUGUUCGGCUUCGGCUCAAACCGAGCUUAGGCGCUUCUGCUAGCGAGCCCCACCUUCUGACUUCUCAUUGUUGACAGCUCUGUCGCCACUUGCCUGGGUUGUGCACUCAGCAUAGUGAGGUCGUCUGACAGAUUAGCAGAACCUCAGAUUAUGAUCUUCUGGAUAUGAUGGAGAGGCAAAAACGAUAGGGAGUUGAAAAUGAGCAAAAAGUGUUGCUCCUGUGCAAAAGAAAGAGAAGUUACUGAGCAACUUGAUCGUCUUUUGUAUGAGAAGAGAAAUUGGAGUUCCUCGAUAAGAAUUGAUCAACUUAGGUUGACUGAACUCACAAAGAGGAUGAAGCACAGUUCAUUGCUAAUGAAAAUGGUCUAAACUUUUAAUUCAAUUAGGAAUUUGGUGGGGGUGGGAGUAAGAACAAAUGGGGGUAAAACUGUUUGAUGUGCAGUUGCAGGUCAUUCGAGACAAAAAUAAAAUUUUGCUAUUAUUCCUACUUUUAUUAUUAUUGCUUUAUUGCUUUGCUGAAACAAGGUUGCCCAGAAGUGCCAUGUCAAGCAUCAAACUUGAGCAGUGAUCAAAACAUGAACCACUGUUGGUCAGACAGACUGUUUAAAGCAGUAGGUGUCAGAACAACAGGAUUAAAAGCACCGGAAAAUUUCACCUCAGUGUUCCUUUCUUUAGAUCAUUGUAUUGCCAAUCACCAUUGGGGUUAUGUACGUAGGUGCUGCUAUACUGCCCGGUCCCUCCCAUGUCCCUGAUUCCUGCCCCUCUGCAAGGUUUUGCAGACAUAAUUCUGUGCUGUCAGAGCACCAAGUGGCUGCUUGCAUGCUUUAAGCAAAGGAAACAGAUUCUAUAUAAAUACUAUAUAUACAUAGGUAUGUUUUUUUCUCCAAUGUGUAUUGGAAUACAUAUAGAUCCUACAAAAGAAAAUGCACACAUUCAAGAACUCGCAUUCAUCCCAAGUAAACACACAUCCAGUUCAUAAAGACACACUAUUGCGAACAGUAAAUUGUGGAAAAACCUAAAAGAAACACAUUUUGUAUCCUGUUGAAAAUGACUUUAAUCUUCUAGAUAUAAAUUAUGCUAUUGUGUAUGAAAGGCCUUUUUUUUAACGUUUUUAUCCAUAUGAUUUUCAUAGCUAAGAAAAUCAAUCCUUAAACUUGUGUUGAGCUUUGUAAUGAUCAAACAAACACUAAUGUGAAAUAAAAACAUUUACUCAUCCUGCAUAUCUGUCUGUUGCCCAGUAGAGAAAAACACAAAAAAUAAGAAAAAAAGCUAUAUAAAAACAUAAAUGUUUGAAAAAAAAAAAAAAAAGUUGAUGUAUUCUCUGCUUGUGUAUAGUGAAUGUUCCUCAGUCGCUGGGUGCGGGGGCUGUGACUGGCUCAAACCGGUCCACUGUGUCCAUACAGAUCUGUUCAUGACUUUUUUGUACACCUGCUAAUCAUUGUUACAGUGAUAAUAGUGGUUCUUAUGAUUUCAUCAAUCUGGUAAUGUGUUUUGUUAAGAAGUCACAAAUAAAGUUUUUUUCUUAAAUAUCUUA